CUUACGUUCGGGCUUGCUCUCGCAGUUGAACCCUCGGCUCCCACCGUAGCAGGUACAGACCAGAGUGUUUCCCAGAGUCCUGAUCCCCACAGGAGAGAGGCAGAGCCAGCACUGGUGACUUGUUGCAGAUCUCCUUCCAGAUUCCACGGGCAAGGAGUGCCCCCACCAGCUGCCUCUGCCGGCUCAGGCCUGUCUGCAUGGAGAUCCACUUGCAAGGAACACAUUGUGCUCCAGAGCCCAAUGGCCCUACAACACCAGGGAAGACAGCUCCUAGCCCUUGGUGGGUAAAUCAAGUUGGCUGCAGUCAGGGCCAAAGAAACACGAUGCAGAACAGGAUGAUCUCAGGAGAGCCCCACAGGAUAAGAAGAACUGCUAAUUGGAUCCGGCCCCUGCGUGGGAAGUGGGAUAUCUCAGGUUGCUAAGCCACAGAUUCCCAGAGAACAAAUAAACAGGGGAGAGUCUCCCGAGAGCUGAAGCCUUACUGGGAUCUUAAAUCAAGUUUUCCACAAGGUGCCAGGUCAGCCAAGCAUGGCCACCCAGAUGUUCGAGGGCAGAGGGCAUGCGGCCGUCUACCAGAAAUACAGGUUUGCACCGGGCAAAGAGCUGCAGCAGACCAUCCUCUCCUACCUGCGGGAAAAGAAAGCAAUCCCUGCGGAGCUGGCCGUGGAUGUUGGCUGUGGCUCUGGACAAGGCACCCACUUCCUUGGGGAGCACUUCAAGAAGGUGGUGGGCACGGACAUCAGCGAAGCGCAGAUCCAGGAGGCCAAGGACACCCCCUGCACGCCCAACAUCUCCUACCUCGUGUGCCCUGCGGAGGAGCUGCCGUUCCGGGACGGCUCCGUGGACGUGCUGGCCUCGUUCACGGCCGCGCACUGGUUUGACGUGGAGCGGUUCAUGCGGGAGGCGCAGCGCGUGCUGAGGCCGGGCGGCUGCGUGGCCAUCAGCACCUACACCCUGGACAUGAGCCUGCGCUACGGGGACUGCUCCCAACAGCUCACCAAAGCCUUCAGGGAGUGCUGGGACAAAAUUUUAAAAUAUUCAAAUAAUAGAGUAAAAUAUGUCUUGGAUGACUACAAAGAGAUCUUUGAGGCCUUGCCAUUCCCAGACAAGAAGAGAGUCACUGAUAUCUAUGACCCAAUUCCCAUGACUGUUGAGGGCGUGGUUGGUUACAUGGAGUCUACCUCUUCAUAUCAAACCUUUAAGAAAAAUGACCCUACAGCUGCAACAUCCCUCCUCCAAGAGACUGAAAAGAGGAUGCUGGAGACAAUGGGAGUUUCCUCUCGUGAGACCCCGGUGGAGUUCUGGGUGAGGCAUGUCUGUGUGCUGGGGUGCAAGGGACGCUGAGAGAGCAAACCCUUCUCCUGAUCUGGUGCUACAAGGGAAGGGGAAGGUGGGUUGUCUCCUAAAACCCUGCUUGUGACUGCUCUGACUCCUUGGGAAGAUCACUGCUGAUUUUGCUGAUAGAAAUUUUGGUCUCCUGUGGAAAGCAGAUGGGGUUUUAUGCCCCUCAGGUUUCUGUCCACCUUGGUGCUGCUGUCUGCCCAGUGCUGCUCCCUCAGCACUGGAAGUGUCCCAUUGUGGAGUGCUGGUUUAAUAACACAUGGGGAAGAGAAUCAUAAGAACAGCUGAGAAACUCACUGCAUUUCUUACACAAUAAUAAUUAAAAAGCAA